GCCUCUUUACCUAUAAAGAAACCAAUGGCAUGUCCCAAGAACACAUGCAAACGUUUCACAAAGGAAACCUCACAGAGUCUCUAAACUCACUCAUUGCCAUCCAUCCCCGACUCUCCCUCUCAACAAACAAAACAACUCUUCCCUCCAUUCUCUUCAUGCUCUUUUGCCAAUUCCGAUUCCGAUAAAUCGACAGAGCGGAAAUUAAAUAAACAUUCAGUUCUCGCACCCCACCCACAGGACCCGACCCCGAAGCGGAUCGGCCAUGGCCCGACCCCGGUUCCUCGUUGGGGCCUGGGCCGCUCUCCUCUUGGUCAGCUUGGCGCAUGGGAUCGGUGUGAAUUGGGGCUCGAUAACCUCCCACCCCUUGAAGGCGAGCCUCGUGGUGCAGAUGCUCAAGGACAAUGGGAUCAACAAGGUGAAGCUGUUCGACGCGGAUUCCCGGACGGUUAGUGCAUUGGCUGGGACGACCAUCGAGGUCAUGCUCGGAAUCCCCAAUGACCAGCUCGCCAAGAUGGCUGAUGAUUACGAGAGCGCCAGGGACUGGGUCAAGGAGAAUGUCACCAAGAACAGCAAUGUCAAAAUCAGGUAUGUAGCGGUCGGAAAUGAGCCUUUCUUGACGAGUUACAAUGGUUCAAACCUGGAAACGACGUUGCCGGCGCUGAAGAACAUCCAGAAGGCGCUCAAUGAUGCAGGUCACGGGGACAUAAAAGCCACGGUGCCGCACAAUGCUGACGUUUACGAGUCCCCCUCGAACAAGCCCUCCGACGGUAAUUUCCGCAGCGACAUAAAGAGCAUAAUGAAGGAUAUGAUCCAGUACCAGCAUGAACAGAAAUCCCCUUUCCUGGUGAACAUCUACCCGUUCCUCAGCCUGCACGGCAACUCCCACUUCCCAUUCGAUUUCGCAUUCUGCGACAACAAUGGGGGCUCAAUCACCGAUGAGGGAACCGAGUACGCUAACGUGUUCGACGCUAACUACGACACCCUCCUCUGGGCCCUGAAGAAGGCUGGGUACUCCGAAAUGAAGGUUGUCGUAGGAGAAGUCGGCUGGCCAACCGACGGGGACAAGAAUGCCAAUGUGAAGUUGGCCAAGAGGUUCUACGACGGGUUCCUGAAGAAAAUGGCCUCGAACGAGGGGACCCCGCAGAGGCCGGGCCAAAUAGAAGUCUACCUAUUCAGUCUCCUCGACGAGGACAUGAAGAGCAUCGCCCCAGGGAUGUUCGAGCGGCACUGGGGGAUCUUUAGGUACGACGGGCAGCCGAAAUUCCCGAUGGACUUCACAGCGAAGGGGCAGGACAAGAUGCCCGUUGGGGCCAAGGGGGUCGAGUACCAGACCAAGCAGUGGUGCGUGGUCGACCCGAACAAGGCUCAUGACAAGGACGCUGUUGGGGCCAACAUGAACUACGCGUGUUCCCGGGCAGAUUGCACGAGCCUCGUGUACGAAUCAUCAUGCAACAACCUGGACUACCUCGGGAACAUCUCAUAUGCCUUCAACAUGUACUUUCAGACAAAUGACCAAGACAUUGAGACCUGCGGCUUCAAUGGGAUGGCAAAGGUUGUGACCCACAAUGCGUCCCAAGGGAGUUGCCUGUUCCCGAUCAUGAUUGUGAGUGGCGGGGUGAGGCUUCGCUCCGGCUUUGUUAGUGCAGUCAGCAGUCUCAUCAUCGGACUAAUGUUCCUAAUCACUUCGUCUCAGUCGAUGUAAAAGCAUUCCUGCACCGCUGACAGGUCAUGUCUCAACAUCCGUACACGAUAAAACACGGAUCACGGCUUCUUGCUUUAGACAUUAUGUAGUACAUAACACAUUCACGAAGACAGCAGACUAAUGUUGUACAUAACACAUUCACGACUGCAGAGGAGGUCGUUCCCUCGAA